AUGGGGGGAGUCAGACCUGCACUGUCGGACUCUGGCGCGGCCGUUGUCGAUUCUGACCGCUCCGAUUAUCAACUUACCUCUCGACUUGAUUAUGACCUAGUUGCUCACCAAGUCGUGCGAGGGCUGAUGAGUGACUUCGAGACACUGGAUAGCAUUGAAGAAGGCGUAUUAUUGGGGCCAAGCAAGAAGUCCUUUAGACGUCUAUUACCUGUUAUCAUUUAUAUCGGUGAUGAAGCAUUAGAGGAUGCCAUACAACUCCUACAGGUUCAAGACCUUUUUUGGAAGUUCAUUCGUGUCACACUAGAGACAUUCAACCUUUUGGCAAACAUCUUGCAAGACCAUCCGGUCUUUUACAAUCAAUCCACGAACGGACAAAUCUCUGUUGAAGAGCAGGUUGCUAUCACUCUUUACCACUUGGGACAUUGUGGUAAUGGUGUAUCUCUCACGAAAAUUGGGAACUGGGCUGGUUGUGGCCAUGGGACUAUUCACCUUAUCACACAACGAGUUCUCACAGCAAUAUACGACUCGAGUUUUCGAAAGAAAGCAAUAUUUCUACCCUCUGAGGAAGAGAAAGAAGCAUUGAGAGGAUGGGCAGAAUCCAAAAGCUGUCCAGAAUGGAGAAAUGGCUGGUGCGGGGUGGAUGGAGCGAGGGAUUUGGAGGGAUUAAUCCCUCAAGACAGGGAAUUGUGGGGAUUUUUCCCUCUCAAGAGAGAUUCGAAGGGAUUUAGAGGGAUUCAGGGGGAUUUAGAGGGAUUUGGGGAGGGAUUUGGAGGGACUUUGAGGAAUCGCGACUGGGAGACUUGA